AAAAAGAAGAUGGCCGGAAAAUCGAUCGCAAAGUCCCUAUUCUCCUUCCUCACCGGAGUCCUAUUGGCAAGAACCAAAACAACCACCAGCAUCCAUGCAAAAUCGACCCAGAAGCUCGCCAAAUAUGCCAAAACAUCCCUCGAGGACCUCUCUUCAGGAACUCUCGUCUUCGACUUCGAGGGCACGCUCCUCCAGUCAUCUUCCCUCCUCCCUUACUUCAUGCUCGUGGCCUUCGAAGCCGGCGGCUUCUUGAGAGCUCUCGUGCUGCUUCUCGCGUACCCUUUCGCACGCAUGCUCGGUCGGGAAACGGCUCUCGCCGUGAUGGUGUUCAUGUGCUUUGUCGGGAUGAAAAGAGAAGGGUUUAGGCUCGGGAGCACGGUUUUGCCCAAGUUCUUCUUGGAGGACAUGGGCCACGAGGCGUUCGAUGGCGUGAUGGGUUUCGGGCGGAGGGUGGCGGUCACGAGGUUGCCGAGGGUCAUGGUCGAGGAGUUCCUGAAGGAGUGGCUGGGAGUCGACGCGGUGGUGGGAAGAGAAGUGGCGGUGUUCCGAGGGCGGUUCGUGGGCUUGAUGGAGAAGAACGAGGGGAGGCAAGAGCUGAUUCGGCUUCUUGGCGAGGGAUGCUUCAGCAAGCCAUGGCCUUUUGAACAUCACCAGCUUCUUGCUCACUGUGAGGAAGCGUACAUGGUGAGCCAAGCAGAGAAGAGGAAUUGGCAGCUCCUCCCGAGAGAGAAAUACCCAAAGCCCUUGAUCUUCCACGACGGCAAAUUGGCCUUCAGACCAACGCCGCUCGCCACCCUCGCCAUGUUCAUGUGGAUUCCCCUUGGCCUCCCGCUCUCCAUCCUCAGAAUCACCCUCGGCAUCCUCUUGCCUUACUCGAUCUCGGGCCCUGUGUUGGCCAUGACAGGACUGAAGACCACCGUCUCGAAACCCCGAAACCCUAAUCUCGACCCCAAUCCGCUUGCCGAUGGCGCAAAGGGCACUCUGUAUGCAUGCAACCACAAGACCCUCUUGGACCCAAUCUACGUCUCCUUUGCCCUCAACAAGCCCCUCGCCGCGGCCACCUACAGCCUGAGCCCGCUCAACGAGGCCAUCUCCCCAAUCCGGACUGUCCGCCUGGCCAGGGACCGUGAGCAGGACACGAAGCUCAUGCGGCAGGCCCUGGCCGGCGGAGACCUCGUGGUGUGCCCCGAGGGGACCACGUGCAGGGAGCCCUACCUGCUGAGGUUCAGCCCGCUGUUCGCACGAGUGAGCGAGGACAUAGUCCCCGUGGCUAUCGCCGUCGGGGUUAGCAUGUUCUACGGGUCCACGGCCCGCGGACCCAAGUGCUGGGACCCGGUGUUCCUCUUCAUGAACCCAAACCCGAGCUAUACUCUUCAGAUCCUUGAGAAAGUGCCGGCCUCUUGCACGUGUGAGGGCGGGGGCAAGUCCGGGGUUGAAGUUGCAAACUAUGUGCAGAGCCAGAUUGCAGGGGCUCUAGGGUUUGAGUGCACGCUCCUCACAAGAAAGGACAAGUACAUGGUCCUGGCUGGGAAUGAUGGGAGGAUCCAAACCAAGAAUUGAAUUUACGAACUUGGAAGAUGUAGCAGAU